AUGCUGAACAUAUUUGACCGGGAACUGGAGAGAAUUGAUUAUUUGCCCAAGCUUGGCUUAACUUGGGUGGAGUACAGCGCCUACGCAUUGGGCAUUAACAUGGCGCCCAGAAAACGCACCUCUAGGCCCUGCAGAUUCUUACGCAUUUUUGCAAUUCUUGUUAAUCUGAGCAUUAUCUACAGUCUCAUUAAAUUUAUAAUGGCCACUUAUAUGGUCUCCUUUGAAGCCUAUGUAGAGGCUGUGCUACUUACCUUUCAGUUGUCAGUUGGAAUGGUCAAGAUGAUGCAUUUUCACAGCUUUCUGGAUUCUUGUGUGGAGCUGCUACGCACCACAGAGACAGGUGCUAUAUUAAAGCAUUUGGGUCUAUUUGAUUUGGAUUUGACGAACCCUCAUGCGUUGUGUAAAAAAUUGAGCUCCAUGUUGAGAAGGAGCUGGCUGGUGAUCGAUCGUCAGGUCAUGUUCUUCUACAAGAUCGUUUGCAUGCCUGUUCUGUAUUAUUGUUUGCGGCCAUAUUUCCAAUACAUUUACGAUUGUUACAUUGUCCAGGAUACUUGCGAAAUGACUUUGACCUAUCCAGCAAUCGUGCCCUUUGUACACCUGGGUAAACAUGAAUUCCCCCCAUUCUCAGUGCGUUUCAUUCUGCUUCAAUCUGGUCCGGUUUGGUGCUUUUUUGCUGUCUUUGGCUUCAACAGCCUCUUUGUGGUGCUUACCAACCAUGAGGCCUGUCUUAUAGAGGUCUUACGUUAUCUGGUCCAAAACUCCACAAAUAAUGCUGUGGUUCCUAAAUCUUCCAGGGUGUUUUUCAUUCGUUGUUGUGCCAGACUUUUUGCCCGCAUCUCGAGACAUCAUGCUCAAAUUGAAAAUGUUUUUAAGUAUAUAAUUCUAGUCCAAUGCGUGAUAAGCAGCAUUUUGAUAUGCAUGUUGCUCUACAAGAUCAGCACUGUGAUGGAAGUAGGCUGGGUCUGGAUGGGCAUGAUUAUGGUUUACUUGGUAACAAUUACUUUGGAAAUCAGCCUAUAUAAUGUCAAUGCGCAAAAGGUCGAGUCUCAGAGCGAAUUAUUAUUUUUUGACUGGUACAACUGCGCCUGGUAUAACGAAUCUGAGGAUUUUAAAUUAAUUAUUAAACUAAUGCUGCUUUUCUCAAGGCGAGCUUUUGUUCUAAGCGUUGGAGGUUUUGCCAAUUUAUCCCAUAAGUUUUUAGUACAGGUUUUCCGCAUGAGCGGCAAUUUCUUUUUGCUAUUGCGUAAUAUGAAUAACAAAUAA